GAACCGUGAAAAAACCCGAGUGAAAUGGCAUGUGAUGAUUUCCUAUUUCACCAUCUAGUCGUUUUUUAGUGAAAAAAUGUUAACUCAUUCUUUUUCUCUUCACAGACUACCUAUACUGACAAAGGAGAGAAGCCGGAGGUUGGGUCUUUUGUGGCUUUUGAUCACAUCACAUUUUGGGUCGGAAAUGCUAAGCAGGCUGCAUCAUAUUAUUACCACAAAAUGGGAUUUGAACCAUUUGGAUAUAAGGGACUUGAAACAGGAUCAAGAGAGGUGGUAGCACAUGCUGUCAAACAGGACAAGAUCAUAUUUGUUUUCAAGUCACCUCUUAAUCCUUCAGGAAAGAUAUCAGAAGUGAUGGGGAAACACCUGAUGGUACAUGGUGAUGGAGUGAAAGAUAUUGCUUUUGAAGUGGAGGACUGUAUUGCUCUUUACAAGGCAGCCAUUAAGCGUGGUGCAGUAUCUGUUCACAAGCCAUGGGAUGAAACAGAUGAAGAUGGCACAGUGACCUUUGCCACUGUUCAGACAGUGAGUAUAUUUAUUACUUUUAAAAAUAGCCAUUGUAUUUUGCUUUUCUUGAGUUCUGAUUGGUUUACAGGACAUGCAUCAGAGCUCUUAUAUCAUGGAUCAUAAGUAU